GUACAAUUAAUCACGUUAAAAGCACGUGUUUCUGGGGAAUUCACCUGUUAGGACACGCCCAAUGAGUUUACGCAUGUAUUUAUAGCUCGUGUUCAGACUUAUACUCAGCUGGUUUCAAGACGCUUGAAUUAUGUUCUGCAUUACUGUCAUAUUAAAAUGGGCGCAGGAGAGUUCAGUUACAGGAUUUCUAUCUCAACUCUAAGAGUCGUCUUUCCGCUCCUUUUCGUCCUCAGGCUUGCUAAAGGACAGUUUCGUUUAUUUGGCGCAUAUCACCCAGUCAAGGCCGCUCCAGGUGAUGAUGUCAUCUUGCCGUGUCACGUGGAGCCAAAGUUAAAUGUGGCAGGGAUGACAGUGGAGUGGUCGAGGCCCGAUCGUUGUCCUGACCCCAAAAAUUGUCUGAGCCACGAUGAGUAUGUUCAUCUUUACCGGCACAACAGCGAAGUGACAGAGAUGAAGCUCCCAUCGUACAUCGGGAGGACGGCGUUGUUCACAGACAGCCUGAGAGAAGGAAACAUCUCACUAAGAAUCACUAAUGUGACACAAGAAGAUGAAGGAAGAUACAGAUGUUUCAUCCCAAAGUUAAAAAGCCAUCUGCAGUCUUCAGUUGUUCAUCUGAUUGUUGACCCAAGUUUAACUGAAACUGGAACAACAGAGACACCAUUGCAACCUGAAAAUUUACAUAUUCCUGAUCUAAAUGGAAAAAUGAAUAUUAAAGGUGGUUCGUCUGAGCGGUGCCGACUGAUUCCAGUUGUGGUUCUCUGCAUGUUUAUUCUCCUCUGCAUUGCAGUCAGAGGAUGCUUGAUGACAGAGUCACUGUGUCAAAAAGCAGAACUCAAGAAACUUACAAUCUAGGUGCUUUGGUCAAGCGCACAGUGGGAAUGUUAACAGAGAAAAGUGCUGCAUCCGUACCUGCUGAUCUUUCAUAUGUGUUUGAAGAUUCAAAGCAUUAACUCUUUCAGCCUCUUCUAAACGCAGUGGACACGUCCUGUAAUCUGUUUGGACCCAAACUCCUGUAAAUGAUGUCCGUGGCUUCAGUGAUUGGUCAGGUGAUGUCAAGCAGGUUCAAGUGCAGAAACAGCAUCCAUCAUCUGAGCCAAAGUUGACCUCUGGCAUCAGGGUAUAUGGUUACUUUUAAAUGUGCAGCACUUUGUUUUUUAUCUAAGACUUCUAGUCCGGCAGUUGAAGAAGAGGAUUACAGAGCCUGUUCAGACCUGUUCUGCUGCUUUGGAUAGAGCUGACUAACUGGAAAAAUGCACCUGAUCUCAUUAAAGUAUUUCUGAGAGUUGCACUACACCACCUAGUGGACUUUACUAUAAUUCCUAAACAUGGAUAGCUAGAAAUUCUCUUUCUGAAAGAGUA